GGUCGAAAAUGGCUUCCAUUCCCUUCCUUUUCGUUGGGAAAACAGUAAGGCUGGGCAAAGAAAGAAAGAAAAGCUUUUUUAGCAGCUAGCCAUGGAGCAGUAAAGCUGAAGCAGACGGAUCACGCACGGGCUCACGGGCAUAAAUUCGCGCAACCGCCCGCGGAUUCAAGCCGCUCAUAUGCGUUCCAUGCGCGCGCGCGCCGACGCCGACGCCGACGCCUCCGUCCGUCCGUCCUCGCGCCGCAUGUGAGCGUGACCGCCUCCGUCCUUCCUCCUCCAGCCCUCCGUCUCUAUCCGUAGCAGCUAGUGAUCUACCCGUGCCCCCUUCUCGGAGCGGCGACCCGUGGGCUGCUUGACGUACGGCGGCGGCGGGGAUUGAAUGGGGUCGCCGACGCCGCCGCCGCCACCGACGCCGACGUCACGGGCGAGCUGUUACUCGGUGCGGCUCCACCGGAGGCGGGCGGUGGCGGGGUUAAGAAGGAGGCAGCAGCCGCGGGGCAAGAUGAAGCUCAUGUACUUCCUCAUGGACGGGGAGGGGGAGGAGCAGCGGUGCCGGGCGGAGGAGCUCCGGCUGGAGGUGUCGGAGCUGGAGGCCGUGCUGGCCAAGGAGGAGCGCCUCAGCCGCGUCCUCCGCUGCUCCCUCCAGCCCGGCCGCGCCCUCGCCUCCUGCCGCUGCUGCCUCUCCGCCCACCUCGUUCCCGCCAAGAUCAGGGGGCUCCUCGCGGAGCUGGCGAUUGUGGAGGACGAGAUAUUCUAUCUCGAGAAGAGGGUCGAUGACCUCCGGACGCGCCUCCUCCGAGAGCGCAACUGGACUCACCACUGCAUUCUUCAGCAGCAGCAGCAGCAGCAGCGGCAGCGACAGCAGGAUUGGCCGCCGGGCCGGCAGUCCAUUGGCCGGAGGGAGCUCCAUGGCGGCGAGCAGCUCCCAAGGCUGCCCGGUACAGGCGGCGGCGAUGGAGGAGGUCUGGAGCGUGAGAGCAAGGCCUCUGCUGCGUCUGUCUCUUCACAAGGCGAGGAGACCGAUCAGAGCAGAAGAAGCAGCCACUCUUUUGAAAACCUCAGACACGCUGAAAGGAAAAUCUGCUCGAGCAGUCCAAACAAGCUCUCGGAGGACCUGAUCAAGCUGACGGUGACCAUCUUCCACAAGCUGAGCAAGACAACGAGUCACGCAGACUCAGAGCUGGAGCUGAGCAGCGCGCCCAAGCUCAACAUCACAUCCUGCAUAGGCUCCUCCAGAAGCCUCGCCCCCAAGCUGUCGUCGUCGUCUUCGAGCGACGGUCCGGCACCGCCCAUCCGCUCCGUCAAGAGCCGUGCAACAACAGCGGCCCUGGAGUGCGGUGGCGAUGAAGGGGAGGCGGCCGGCCGGUGCAAGAGGUUCGUCGAGUUCACCCGUAGCUCGUUCGACGCGAGCCGCUUGUCGCUGUGCCUCGCUGACAUCAAGAACCUGAGAGUGUUGAUGAACAAGCUGUGCACCGUGGAUCCGAGCUUGCUGACCAACAAGCAGAAGCUGGCCUUCUGGCUCAACAUCUACAACUUCUGCGUGAUGCAUGCAUUUCUUCAGCACGGCCUGCCUCCGUCGCCAGACAAGCUGCUGGCCCUGCUGAAUCAGGCUUCGGUGAAUGUGGGAGGAAGGGUGCUGAGCGUCCUGUCGAUCGAGCGUCUGUUCCUCAGGCACCCCCCAGAUGAGUGCAACAAGCAGGGGAUGAUGAUGGAGGAAGGGGAGAGGGAUCUGCAGCUCUGCUACGGGCUAGGGUACCCUGAACCCAACGUCGUCUUCGCGCUCUGCAGGGGCAGCCGCUCCUCCCCACCCGUCCGGGUGUACACGGCGGAGGAGGUGUCGAGCGAGCUGGAGGCGGCCAAGGUGGAGUACCUGGAGCGGUGCGUCCGCGUCGCCGGCGCGAGGAGGAAGAAGGCGAGGUCGUCGUCGGCGGCGGCGACGAUCGUGCUGCCGAAGCUGCUGCACUGGCACAUGCGGUGCUUCGCCGACGACGUGGAGUCGCUGCUGGAGUGGGUCCACAGCCAGCUCCCGCGCGCCACCAGGGCGCCCGAGCUGAAGAGGGCCAUCAGGGAGCUCCUCCACCGUGGCAGGCCCCCGGCGCCGGAGAAGAUGGUGGAGAUCGAGCCAUACGAUGCCGACUUCAGAUACCUACUGCCCCUCGUCUCCUGAAUGCAUAUAGUUGUGUCAGGUUUGCAUAUAUAUGGUGCCGUGGUGUCAGCGAGUACGUACGUACGUGUUGCUUCGUACAGUUAAACUUAAUUUUGUGUAGUUAUUUUUAGGGGAAUUAUAUUUAAUGUGUUAAUCUAUAUCUAUGCAUAUGUUUUCCGAUA